GCAGAACCUAGUGCGUAGUGGCUAGCGCUUUUGAAGGUCUGUUCAGACUUAAGAUCAAGGCUAACUUUAUUUAUAAAUUGGCCGUAACAGGAGGCUGUCGGCAAAUCUGUAACACAUUUUGUUAGUGUUUGGAAUUUUUUUAAACAUACGUUUUAGACAUGGAACCAACUCAUAGUUUGAAGAGAUGUCCUCAAGGAGAAGGGGAAAAUAGAGAAACUCCUAGGUUUUCUAUAUUGGAGUGUGCCAAGUGUCACGAUUGGUACCCGACCUUGUGCCAGAAGCCCGCGGUCGGUGACUGGCACUGCCCGUCCUGCCAGCGGAAGCUCAACGAGGUGGCCGCGACCGGUGCAGCCCAGCAGCCCAUGAAACAGACGUCCAAAAAAAACACAGACUUGGGUCACGGAAUGGCGUGCGCCGGAAAUAAUGGAAACGAGACGGAAGAAGCGGCUGCUGAAGCCGAGCACGAGUGAUCAACCCACGACCAGCCCACCACCUGACAUUAGAAUUAAUUGAAAUUGAUUGCAAUUAAAAAUUUUAAAACCGUGACUCUUUAUUAAUUGUAAUAACUAAAUCUCUGAUUUCAUCAAAAGUUGUCAAUGUUUUAUUCUCAAUAUUAUAUUGGUAAGCCUGUU